AAGUAUAAUAAAUAAUUUUGAGCUUGCUUCCACAACGGUAUUCAAAAGGCUCGCAUUUACUCGGUUAGACACAAAACAAGGUACAAAACAUGUCCAAAACAUUAGAAAAUAAUCUUUUCGACGUUAGGUACCUUUAGCAAGUUAAAGAAAAUAAAAUUGUUAGAUCAUCCUUAGAUCAUCCUUAGAUCAUCAAAGUCUUUAAAGGUUUAGUAUUGUUUGCACUCCCAACAGGUCAUGGAGCUUGGACGUCCAAGUGCUACGAUGGGCAUAAAUACGUUUGUUUGGACGACAUCGAACCUUCAAACUGCUUGGUCUAUUCGUUUGGGAUCGAAAAUGAGAUCUCGUUUGAACAAGCCAUGGCUGCAAUGGGUUGCGAAGUCUACGGGUAUGAUAUCGGGAAUACGCACGUCAUGAAAACCAACACCAAUCCCAAAUUGCAUUUCAAAGUGGCCCAAAUUGGUUCUGGAGGAAAGAGUAAACAACUCAUGGAUCUCCUACAAGAAAAUGGGCACGCGAAUAAGUCCAUUACUUACUUCAAGGCUGACAUAGAGGGAGAAGAAAUGCCAGGUAUUCCAAUUUGGAUUCGCAGCGGGGCUCUGAAUAAUGUGAAACAAUUGAGCUUUGAAUUUCACUCGGUAGAGCGAUUCGCCAGGAAAUAUUGGGCCAUCAUCCAGGAUCUCUAUCGGAUGGGAUUCCGUAUCAUCUCUUACGAUCCCAACUUCUGCACAACAAUGAGCGAGAACGGAUUUUAUGAAUUCUUUGAAAUCGUUUUCCGUAAAACUGAAAUAUGUAAUGAAUAAACAAAAAUGUCAAAUGGACGACAAACCCACGAGAAGGAAGGGCCAGAUAGGUUGCACGGAAUAAUGGGGUACCCGACGUGGUUUCGUGAGCUCAUAUUUUGAAAUGUGACUGGGUAAAAUUUAGCACUGUCGCAUUUGAAAUUUACGUUCACCAUACCGCGUGGGGGUACUUAUGAUUUUUUUCUUUUUUGGGUUUGUUUUUUCACGGGUUUUUCUAACAGCUACAAGGAAUGUAAUCCCCAGUUCUAUUAGAAUGGAAGGUUCUAAUUCGUCUAUUUAUUACCUUUCAGUCUGUAUAUGAUAUUUGGUCUACCAACGAGUUUGAGUGGGCAGACCAAGCUAGUCCUAGAAUGUAGGGUUGAUCUGGAAUGCGACCUAAAAAUUUCUUAAAGUCAGACUUAAAAUAUGCUACUGCAUCAAAAACGCCUACGUAUUCCCUACGAAUGUUAGAGGGAAGCAAAUCAAACAUUGAAGGAGCCCGAGAAAGAAGAGAGGUGGACUUCAUUGUACGAGCAAGUCUGGAUUCU